AUGCACGGAACAAGCCUUCAGAGCUCCCCGGCCACACGUCGCGGCAGACUGAACCAGCAGCAGACAGCGGGGCCAAACCAACCACCUGAAGAAGUGCUGAGCGGGAAGAACACCAAGGCCUGUCGGCUGAGCAGGACACCGGCGACGAGGGACGCGUGGGCUGCCACGAAGGAGCUGCGGGCGGACGGCCACCCUGGGCAGGGCGGGCUCCGGGGCCACGGCAGCGUGCCGCAGCACCGUACGGCACGACAGAGCUCGGGGGUUUGUCUGAACAUAUGCCAGCACGGGGCAAAAAGGCAGGUCCGCUAUUCGAAAGGGACUCUCACCACAGGCACCAUUAUGAACCGGAGACUACCUGUCCAACCAGUAGAAAUAGAUAUGAUUGUAGGCAAAGACCGGGAGGGUUUCUUCACCAACGGUCUGACCCUUGGUGCGAAGAAGUGCUCUGUGAUCAGAGAUAGCCUGUACGUUGACGGUGACUGCACGAUGGACAUCAGGACGAAGAGUCAAGGUGGUGAGCCGACGUACAAUGUUGCUGUAGGCAGAGCUGGCCGAGUCUUGGUCUUUGUAAUGGGCAAAGAAGGGGUCCAUGGAGGCGGAUUGAAUAAGAAGGCAUACUCAAUGGCAAAAUACUUGAGAGACUCUGGGUUCUAGUUGCUAGGCAGACUUGUUAAGUAUUAGGGGAAGAUUGCUAUUAAACUUUCCUGGCGGUGAGCUUUAAACCUUACAUUCUGGAAACUUUAUUAGCAAUGCAGGGUGAUGGGGUAUGAACCUGUGUCUCCUUUGUAUCCCUUUGUUGGUGGGGAAAGGUGUUACCUUUUUUUUUUUUCUUUAAUUCUGUUCAUUUCUGUUUUGUUUCCUUGUGUACUCCAGCAUUGGUUAUAGUCAUGGGAAAGGAAGGUGUCCAUGGAGGGACACUCAACAAGAAAGCAUACGAACUGGCUUUAUACCUGAGGAGGUCUGACGUCUGAGCAGCCUCUCCCCAUCCACCUAGCAACUGUCUUCACCACCACCCAGUUGUGUUCAGUGCUACCAGACUGUAGAUGGUAGUUUGUGUUUUUUAUUUACCCAUCUCCUAAUGUCAUGAUUCCAGUUACCCUUUGUCCAUUUAUAUGUUAACCACUGUAUGUAACCACGUCCCAUGUCUGGCACCAUCACUGCACCACGGAGAUGAUAUGCAUGAUACCGUGACAAACUCUUGGGAGGGGAAUAUGCCAAGUGUAGGCUUUGCUUUGUCUUAGCAAUUAGUGUGAUAUUGACAACUAAACCAACUGAAAUACUAAACAAGGUGCCGAUUUGUACAAUCUAAUUUGAUCAAUGCCUCUUCAGCACUUUGAGCAAUUACACAGCUCGCGAGUCUUCCUUUCACAGAGCAUGGUUGGGAGGAAAAAAGUGCAUGCAUAUCUUUACUUCUGUCCCUCUCUUUUUUUAAAUCCACAUUUGUUUGCUUGCACCCAUUUUUAUAGUGCCUGGUUUGUUUAACCAAUUUGCCACUCAAAAGCUAUUAACAUGACAUUAGUUUUGUUGUUGCACUUCACCGUGGGCUUAUUUUUCCUUUGUGAUGUCUGAAGCUUGUACUGCUUAACAAGUGCAAUCACAAAACUAUGGAAGGGUACAGAUGCGCUUCCUCCCAUGACCUUAAAACCACCACCCUGGACGAACCCCCAGAGACAUUCCAUCACUGCAAUAGCUCGGGCACUUUUUUUUUUUUGCCAGCUCCGGUUCUGUAGUUGGCUUGUGAAAGGCUGCCAUUGUGGACAUGAGAUAUCCCAGCAUAACCAUCUGGAGUGUGUCUGGUUUCAGUUUCUCAUAGGACCAAUUUUAAUUUGCAGCUUGGGGGUCGUGGGGUUUGUUGUUUUCAUUUUUUAAUAUGAAACUGCAAUUUCAUUGUGGAAAACUGCCACCUUCAGUUGUACUGGGAGCGCUGGCUGACUCCCGCCUUUCUGCCAGAUCCCUUACUGGUCAGGAGCUCUGCUGCUCUGAGGCCAGUGUUUGGAUGAAGGUUGGUAGUUUGAAAGCUAAACUGUCAAAAUGAUGCCAUUUCAAAUUUAAAAACCUUCAUUUGGCCUGUCGCACCCUUGCUGCAGACAUCAUGGAGUGAACUGCCUUGUGCACGAGUCAUCCGAACCGUCUGUAACCACACGCUCCGUUCAGGCAUGGUACUAACUUGUGUGUCCGUUUGGAGAGAACUGCAGAACUCUGUACACAAAAGAAUAAAUGGGAGGUGGUGUUGGUUGGAAUAACUGACUUGGCUGUCUUGUGAUGAAUUUUUUUAAUACAUAUUCUGUGCCAUACUAUUGUUUAAAAAAAAAAAAUCUGUUGCUAUUGUGAGAUGGAUUUUAACUGACUACGAGGGUUUCUUUUGAAUGGCACUACUUUAGGGACAUGCUAGUAUUUGCUUCUGUUGUUGGGCCUUGUGGAUAAUGUACAGAUUUAAACAAAUUCUUGUUGCUGAUUUGUCCGUUUCUUUCCCUGCACUUUGUUACAUCUGGGAUACAGUCUAACUCAUCUGAUUUAAUACGCAUUUCAAAAAAUGCCAUAACUAUUAAAAACACCUUGUUUACAGACAGAUGAAAUAAAUUUAUUCCAACCAAACAAAA